AUGAGAAUCGAAGAUGAAAUUACCAAUAUGAAUGAUGAUAAGUUGACAAUAAGCGAUUACAUUACAAUGUUCGUUGACACAUAUCUUCUACCAGAUUUAAAUCAUUUGCAAGGUAUCGCAGGUCAUAUUAUGGCAAUUUUCUUGAAUAUUAUUCUCAUUUCAGUGAGAUAUUCAGGUUAUAGAGACAAUCCCUCACAAAAAGAAAACCCUUUGCAAGAUGGUUUUGAUGAAAUUAAUAUAAAAUGUGAAGAAUACAUAGAUAAAUAUUCUACUAUAACAUAUGUAUUAUUGAUAUCAAGUAUUCUGAAUGUAAUAUAUCUGUGGUGGUGGAAUUAUAGAAUUUAUCAUUUCUUUUCUCAUAAGCAAGAUGAACCUUUAAAUAUACCACAUGCUAACCUUGUUUGUGUCGACUUGCCAUGGUACGCUCGAAAUCGCCUCGGAUAUUAUAUACAUCAACAAAUUUAUGAGUUGAAUUAUGACAAACCAUAUGAAGAAGGUCAAAAAGUUUGGGAAAUUUGCGUAUGGAAUCCGAACAAAUUUUGUCUUAAUUUACUUUGUGGAUUUUCUCCGGUGCAAGUUAGUAUCCUUAUGCUAAUGAACAAGGAUACUUGGAUUCCCAGUAUCAUGUUAGCCGGGUUAUUGGCCUUACAAAUGUAUUUCUAUACAGACAAAUUCAUUUCAUUACUUUUGGACAAAGAAAUUAUAUUUAGAGAAGUCCAGCAUGAGUAUGAUACGAAAUUUGUUAAACCAAGUAUUUUCCGACAAAAGAAGAAUUUCGAAAUUCAAUCAACCCCACAAGAAGAGAUUAUAAAAGAAUUAUUGCGUCCCAGACUAGUUGAGGAACGACGUUAUGGGAAAUUUGAUAAUCCGUGGGCAUCAUGA